ACUACUGUGGCUCUUUUGGGCAAUGCUGAUCACUAAUUUGGCUCCUGAACCACUAAGGUCUGAGUAUUACUGACUUUAGACACUCUUUUAUAGCUGGAGAGCUCUUGUUUUGAUGUUAGGUUGGUGACAUUUUUUGUGAUGUCUGUCUCAUCUAAAUUAUUAGAGGCAGCAAUUUGUAAGUCACAAAAUGUACAAAAUAAACAAGCUCCAUGAAAAUGCUGAGCCAAACAUCUCUUUCUAUGAUUUUAUAGUGAAAGAUUUAUUUGUAGACAAAGUUUUCAUACCCCGCCAAGAAUUUGUAAUAUUGUUUCUAAAUGCUCAGUGCCAAAAAACAAGGAGACUCUCUUGGAAUUGCAGUGAUGCCACUCCAUAGUGCAAAGCAAAGCCCUUUGAGUCAGGUCAGCUGAAUUUUUCUUAUUAUGUGAAUGACAGACAAGGAAAAACAAGUGUUUGGCAGGAAAAUCUAGUUCCAUUGUCUUGAGUCUUCAAAGGGCAUCAUUGUGUGUUUCCACAUACUGGGCCUUAAGUACAUAAAUUAACAGCCACUUCAAAACAAGGUUUGCUCAUUUUGUGGUUCUUUGGAAGCUUAAAUUUGUAGCUGGUCUCUGACACACACUGCAAUUUUUAAAUAAUUGGCAUCACUGUAUGACAGAUCACUGUACGUUGUAUCUGGAAAUUGAAAAGGAAAUGUACUGUUCCAUGUUCUGUGGUGGUAUUAGGACUUUACAUUUUCAGAUGAUGGUAAAACACGAAUCUUCACAACAGCGCUGUGAGAGCUGGUGCGUGAGUUUUAUUCCCAUUUUGCCUAGAGAAAGCUCAGCCAGAGAACUUGUUACUUACCCAAGAGCACAAAUGGAGCUGGUGCUCAAGAUUGAAAAUCAGUAUUCUUGGCUACAAAUCUAUAGCUUCUGUAUGUCAGAGACUUGUCGUUCAGGAAGCAAUUAAAGUUAUAGUAUCAGUGAGAAAAUCUCCCUCCUUUGUUACCUUCCUUAAUAACAGCUUCAAAAUGGCAUACAUAAUUAUGGAUAAAAAUGUACAGUGCUGAAUAAUGAAAAUGAGUUGGUUGGGAAAUCUAAUAAAACUAUGAUUAAAAGUUUAUCACAAAUUUACCUUGUUAUAUCAGAGGGCAGUUCUUGCUUAAGGAUAUUUUUAUGAGACAAGUUUCAUUUUAGUUGAUUGAGAGAUUUUUAAAACACUCAUUAAUUUUUUAGACUGAGGCAUUCUUAAUCAGUCGCAAGAAAGAAAAUUACCGUCUCUGUUGAGGGCUUGCAUAACAUCUUUUGUAUCACUGUUGAUGGGCUCUCUGGAAAUAGUUUGGAUUACCAAUCCCAGCAAGAUUUCUAUAGUCAGCAUUCAAUUAGUACUGGUGAAGUGCAAACACAAAGGGAUAUUCCCAGUGGCCACAGGUCUUCAAAUAAUUUUUUUUAACUGUCUGGAAACUCUGUGUGAUCUGUAUCUUCUCAACAUGUUUUUCUCUUUUCCUCCAAGUAAACAAGCCAGCAGUCUCAAAAUAAAAGAUUGGUCUGCCUGGUAGAGGAAACAUUUGUUUCAAGUAAAGGAAGCAAUUGAGAAAAAGGAGCAAAGAGCGAAGCGCUUUCAUUUUCGAGCUGAAGUGAACCUUGCCCAAAGGAAUGUGGCAUUGGAGCGAGAGAUGAUGAAGAAAGCAAUCCCUAAAGUGAGGCUGGAUACAGUCCACGUUUGCGGGGUAGAUGAGAUGAGUACCCAGGACAUCUUUGCCUAUUUUAAAGAGUAUCCUCCUGCUCAUAUUGAGUGGCUAGAUGACACAUCGUGUAAUGUAGUCUGGCUUGAUGAAGUGACAGCAACACGAGCUCUUAUAAAUAUGAGCUCUAUGCCUGAUCAGGAUAAACUCAAAAACAGAGAAAACAACGAGGAGAAAGCAACUGAAAAAAACAAGAAAGACAAACAGGAGGAAAGCUCGGAUGAUGAGACCGAGGAAGGAGAGGUUGAGGAUGACAAUCCAAGUGAUGUUGAGUUGGAUGUGCUCUCCCAGGUAGAGGAAGAUUCUCUCCUACGUAACGAUCUACGCCCAGCCAACAAGCUGGCUAAAGGAAAUAAACUGUUCAUGAGAUUUGCUACUAAAGAUGAUAAAAAAGAGCUGGGAGCUGCAAGAAGAAGUCAGUACUACAUGAAAUAUGGCAACCCUAAUUAUGGUGGCAUGAAAGGAAUUCUUAGCAACUCUUGGAAACGAAGAUAUCAUUCACGUCGAAUCCAUCGUGAUGUGAUAAAGAAAAGGACACUCAUUGGGGAUGAUGUUGGGUUGACACCUCCUUAUAAACACCGGCAUUCAGGCCUAGUGAAUGUUCCUGAGGAGCCUAUUGAGGAAGAGGAGGAGGAGGAGGAAGAGGAGGAUAUGGAUGAGGAUGACAGGGUUGUGGUAGAGUACCGGGAUGAACUACAAGCUUUCAAACAGUCUCGAGAUCGCAGUGCAGCAAGACGAUCAAGUGCCAGUGCGUCUGAUUCUGAUGAAAUGGACUAUGAUCUUGAACUGAAAAUGAUAUCCACUCCAUCUCCCAAAAAGAGCAUGAAAAUGACAAUGUAUGCUGAUGAGGUGGAAUCUCAAUUGAAAACUAUUAGGAACUCUAUGAGAGCGGAUAGUAUAGCAUCCAGUAAUGUCAAAAACCGGAUUGGCAGCAAAGGAUCGUCAGAAAAAGUUGCAGAUGUAAGACUACUGUUAGAGGAAAAACGUCAGAAUAAUACAGGGCAGCGUCAGCCAGUCAGCACUACAAAAUCAGAUGUACGGCAGAGACUAGGAAAGAGACCUCAUUCUCCAGAAGUCAAGCCCCCAAGUAGCACCUCCACCCCUCGUCGAGAAUCAGUAUCAGAUGUACAUAGCCGGUUAGGGAUACCCAAACAAGAUGUGAAAGGCCUUUACUCUGACACCAGAGAGAAGAAAGCAGGUAAUUUAUGGACCCGCUUAGGAUCAGCACCUAAGACACAAGAAAAGACUCCAGAUAAACCAGAAAACUCAGUAACCGCUCCAGAGGAGGACGAUUCAGAGCUCCAGCGGGCAUGGGGUGCUCUAAUAAAAGAAAAAGAACAGUCUCGCCAGAAGAAAAGCCGAUUAGAUAACUUGCCAUCUCUACAAAUUGAAAUUAGCCGGGAGAGUAGUUCUGGGUCAGAUACUGAAUCAUGAUGCUCUUUAGACCCUGAUCUUCAGGAUUUGAACGCUGCAGCAUGGCAAGAUGUCCAUUGCCCAAAGGCUGAACAUUAUGGAAGUGUGGCAGGACUCUUAUUGAGGUUCCAGGAGCCUCUCCGUUCUGUUUACACAGAAGUAAAGACCUGUAUACCACUUGACAUUUAAAGCAAUCACAUUUGUCUUCAGUAUGUGUGGCCCUGUGUUGCGUAGGGCAUUGUCAUAUACAUUUAUUACAGCAAACCUGUAGUAGUUAUUGCAAAACAUUUUUUCCCCAAGCUUCAAACUUUAAAGAAGGGGCAGAACUACUCCUGGAUUUUGUAGAAGACUUUUUGUUCUUAAUCUUUUUAACAUGGAGUCUUUUAAGAAAAUGUUUUACACAGUUCAUCCAAAGACUAGGGAACUUCAGAAUAAUCACUAUUGCCUUGCCCUUAUAGCUGUUACCAGCACCUUUAUUCUCCUCAUAGAGUAAUAACAAUGAUGCUUCCUGGGUGCCAGCCAGCAAGGGUAAAGCUUAUAAAGGGAUUGCUGCCUCCCACUCCUCCAAAAUACUGAAUGUAAAUCUAAACUAGACCUCCUAGUACAGUAAUACUUCAAAAUAACAUCAGAGCAGCACCACUAUAUUAGUCUCAGAAAGGAUUCUGCUUCAUUCAUUUUGGUGAUAACUUUUUGCUUUAAGUGAAGAUUGACAAGUUCAAGACUGCAGAGUUAGAUUUGUUGACAGAAUGGUGCAAAUUCCUGAGAUGAUUAAUUUUUUUGGAGUAUAAAUGUUGAAACGAUUUAAAAAAAAUAUUUCAAUAUAGCUGUAUUAUGUUUGAAGAAAUCUAACAAUUUAAAAGCUUAAAAUAAUGUUUAUAUUUGUGAAAAUUCUGUUGGCUACAGUGAAAGCUUAUAGUGGUGUUUUCAUAUGUGCUGUUAAACUAUAUAUAUAUAUCUAUAUAUAUCUAUAUAUAUAUAUAUAGAUAUAUAAUAUGAUUGAAAGAGAAAAGGAAAAUAUAGGAUCAGUGUUUCAUGUCAAUAUUUUUGAAUGUCCUAAUUGUAUAGUACAUGUGGAUGUGCACAUGGUUGACUAGUUACAUUCACUUCACUUUUCUUACCCAUGUCCUCUUCCUUAGUAGGUAAAAAGGUUAAUGAAUGUGCAACUGGAUUUUUUUUUUUAUUUGUGGCAUUUAUUUUGACUGCCCACAACUCCGGGAAAAGGAAUAAUGUGUGUGACAUUCUGGUAAAUACAACAUGUAGCAAAAUAUUACCUGCCAAGGUUUGACAGCCUGCAAAUCUGUUUGCAUUGUAUCUAAUUCCUAGGUUCUGUUAGCCCAAAAUGUCAGUGUGGCCCUUCUUCCUUUUAAACAUACAUUUUUCUUCUGUUUUUCUAAUUUUUUCAUACUAUAUUGAAAUAGGUUUGGGGCUUUGCAAAAGCAAGGAAUCUGCAGUUAACCUCCGUUAUGUCAGUGCGUGUAUAAGAAUAUUAUGUUCUAAUAGCAGUAUGUGAAACUGAAGAUAAGCUACAGUGACUAAAUACAGCAGGGUGAGCUGGGGACUGACUGGGCUUCUAGCCUUAACUAUUUCCUUGCUUUUGUGACAUUCACCCUUUUUUAUAUAUUUAAUUGAAUUGACUAUUGUCUGGUAAACAUGGCUGCCUAAAAAUACUGUUCAUGACAAGAGUAAAUGACUGCAAUAUCAUUGUAA